UUUCUUGCCAUUGGUAUCGCGCAUUAAAAAUGUGCGAUUUAAAAUAACCGCUCAUCGAUACAAAGAUAACACAUCGCGUCCUUACAGAGCUUGACGCGGUUCUGCAGGAGAAAAUUAUCGGAAGUGUGAUAGCGUGCAUGAUAAGAUAUUUCCUCUUACGUUACGUGUUUUUCAUUAAAUAAUAGGGUAAUAGAAUAAUAGCGUCGCUAUUGACACAUCAUUUUAUCGAACAAUGAUAUUUGUCAAGUAACUACGAACGAUAUAUAACUACACACAAAGUGACGGCGGUAUAUUUUUUCAAACUUUCCCAGUGCGUUCGCAGAGGCUCGAAAUAGAUUUUAUCGUUUAUUAUUGUAGAGUCUGGUUACGUCGAAGCCAUGUGUGCGAUUAUAUUUUCCCUCAUCAAAUGUCGCCGCGACCUCCAAUGUCGUUCCUUAUAAAAACUAAACUAAACUUCGCUCAUGCCAACAGUCCGGGUCGUCAACGGAUGUCUUCCUGGUGCAUAACGCACGCGGAGAAUGUUCUAUAUGUCAUUUCGGCCCAUUCCUUAAAGUCGCUUUUUCCCUUUCAAAGCAAAGCCUACGCACACGCACGAAUAUUUCGUGAAUAGUGCACUGUUGAAUUCAAAUGGCAUAUACGUUCAGCAGGCCACGCACAAUGGGUUCAUUCAGUACGCGGCGGCGAAUCAGUGGUUCUCCAUGUAGGUGAGAAAAAUAGAACGCGGUCUGGCGCUUGGUGACUCAUUAUUAUAACGAACAUUAAUUCUGAUAUUUCACGGGGAAUGAAUAAAAAAUAUUUGAAAACAAUUCUCUCUCUCUUUCUCUCUUUGAAGAAAGAGAAGAAAAUACACAUUUGGAUCGCGAAAAGACUACGUAACAUGAAAACAUUUCUCGCGCAAUCUGCCAAGAAUAUAAUUGUUAAUCGCAUUAUUUUUUUGCUUGUUAAUCAUUUUACAAAAUUUUUUUUUCUUUCUAUAAUGCCACUGGUUGCACGAUCGUAUAUAAUAAUAUGAGCUAUUUUCUGCACUAUAUUUAAGCUAUAGCUAAGGUUUCGGUGACCACAAGUUAACGACAAUCCGGGCAUCAAUUUAAGUAGCAAAUUUAUAUAUUUUUGUUCUUUUUACAGUUUUUUCUAUCUCAGCUACAUCCUGUCGAGCAGAAAGCAACGUAUUUAAAAGAAUCUUUUUAGUCAGAGAGAUAUAGCAAUGAAUCGACAAUGUGUAUGUGUGUGUGUGUGUGUGUGUGUGUGUGUGUAAGUGGAGGCGAGUUGGAAUUCUCGAAAAAACGCUCACAGACAUUUGGACGAGGCGCCAAAAUACCUGCCCUGCUCGACAACUGCUGCUAUUAUCACAUAUCGUAUAUAUCGCAUUUCGAAUUCGUAUAUAUUUGCGUAAAGAUAUACAGAUAUUAUUAUAGAGUCAUUAUUUUUGUCGCUUCGACACUUUCAAGUUGAAUGCCCAAUGCGUGAAAAGAUUGAGGAUUGAUUGAUCCACACUUAAUCUCGGCAUUGAAAAUUGGAAUCGGAGCGCAUGAUUGUCACAGUAACAUUUAUGAGGUGCAAUCGCACGCACAACGGAAUAAAUAAUAUAUUAUCCAAACCAUUUCGCGAAUGAUUCCUAUUUGAAGCUGCCGUGUAAUAACCAUAUGUCGUAGUCUCUUAAACCGGUAAGGUUUUUAGUAACGCGUAAUUCUCCAACCCCUCAAGAUGAUAAACAACCGACACGGAUACUAGUCGACUAUACACACAGCGAUUACACGGUCCUUUUGACUUUGAAAAGUAUUUACUUUUCAAUAGUUCACGUCACAAUCGCGUCAGUGACGAAACACCUUUAUUCCUGUGGAACAUUCUCAACUUCUUCAAAGAUUCGUGACGAGCGCUAGUUAGAAACUAUGUAGGUCGUAUUAUGCAAAAUGUUUUCAGCCAUUCUUUGGUCGGGAAAUACCUGAAAAAAUUGCAGCCAAUUAUGAAAUACCAUACAAAUAGAUCUGCCAAGUGUCAACAAACAAUCGGCGGAAUUCUCUCGUUAUCAUCUCACCGGGUUCAUGGAUAUCGCAUUUUCCCGCGACUCUUUCCCCUGUUACUGUGCCACGGGAUCCAAAACUUACCUUUAAUCAGCACAGAGUAGUCCGACAGCUGGCACGGAGCGUGGCACCGCCGUCUGUUAUAAGGAGGGGAUGAAAGAAGACGGUAGGGUGAGUUUAUUUGUCAAGGGCCACUCCUUCCGAUUGUUCGGAAGAUUCUUUGUAACCGUUAACAGCUGCUGGACUGCCGAAUGGAGCACUACCCAAAAACUUGGCAAAUAAUGAGGAACCGCUGCUUUUACGCUCGUUAAAAAAUGGAGCACAUUGUGACGAACGAUACGAUCGUCGAAAUCGUCCCAGAUGAUGAAUAUUUCAAGCCGUAUGCACGAUCCGUGACAAUCGCUGCUGCUAUUUGCGCUAUAAUAUUCAGCAUAAUCGGAGUGCUAGGUAAUUUAGUGACGGUAAUAGCAUUGUUAAGAUAUACGAGAUUAAGACGACAUGCCACCACAGCAUUCGUCAUAAACCUCAGUAUCUCCGAUUUGAUUUUCUCGGCGAUUAACUUGCCUCUAACCGCCAGCAGAUACUUGAAGGAAGCAUGGGUCCUAGGCGAGGUUCUGUGUCAAAUAUUCCCCUUAUUUUUUUAUGGGAAUGUCGCUGUAUCUUUACUCAGUAUGGUGGCAAUUACUAUUAAUAGAUACAUACUGAUCUCACGGUCGGACGUCUACGCUCGCUUAUACACCAAUCGCGGCAUAAUGUGGAUGUUGAUAGCGAUAUGGACGCUAAGCUUCUCGCUUCUGUUGCCGCCAUUGCUAGGAAUCUGGGGUACUCUAGGAUUGGACUCGGCUAGUUUUUCCUGUACCAUUUUGAAGAAAAACGGUUCCAGCCCGAAAAAGUUUUUGUUCGUUCUGGGUUUCUUGUUACCGUGCGUGGUGAUCAGUAUUUCUUACCUCUGCAUAUAUUGGCGUGUUCAAAGAAGCCGGAAAAAUCUCGAGGCACACGCGCCGAAGGAGCGACGGGGUGGCUUCCAACGUAGGGAGGAUUCCAGAGUAACCAGAUUGAUGCUUACCAUCUUCCUCUGUUUCCUGAUUUGCUUCAUGCCGCUGAUGCUGAUGAACGUGGUCGACGACAAAAUGAAAAUUCCGGUGCUUCAUAUCGUAGCGUCUGUGCUCGCUUGGGCGUCCGCAGUGAUAAAUCCGUUCAUUUAUGCCGGUACUAAUAAACUAUACAGAGAAGCGUACAAGCAGGUAUUAUGUCCUGCUACAAGUAGAACACUUACGGUUGGUCCUAAGCCAGCGCAUUCUCAUUCGAGCAAAGUUUCGUCACCACAUACGACGUAAACGAAAGACAACGUAUACUCGCAGACAAUCGUUUCUUCUCGGAAGUGAAGCGAGCGAGAAAAUCGACUCACAGUAAUAUUGUUUAUAGAUAUUCUUUAUAGAUGUAUUGUAAAGUUAGGAAGUAGUAACACUCUGUAGAGAGCUCUCUUUAUCACAGAUGACACAUAACUGUAAAUGUAAAGUUCUGAAGCUGGGCCUCUAUUUUUGAAAUAGUUGCGUAUACGUAAGUUUUACUGCGCAGAUUUAAUUAUACUAUAAAAUAGCUGCGCAAUGAAAAUUACAUAUACGCAAAAAUUUCAAGAAUAGUGGCCCUGGAAGCUCUCCAAAAAUAUAAGACUUUAUGUAUUGUAUAUGGUUUUGACAAAUAAACGAUCACGAAAAAUGAGAAAUUCAUCGGAAUAUCGUGGGACGGUAAAAUAUUCGUCAGGUAUAAAAAUUAUAAAAAAGUAGAAUAAAAUGCGUAUAAAAAUGUAUUUUUCGUUUUAUAUAACACAUAGGUAUUUUUGUAUAUAUAUCGCUAUGUUACAAUACAAUGACACUUUUACGUAACAUGUAGUCUACAUAUGUUUUUCCACGAAAAAAGGACGUGUUUUCAGUUAAAAAAAAGAGAUAGUUGGUAGGUAUAAAGAAAUAUCAACAUUUUAACUUAAAUAUAUCACUACGAAUCGUACGAAUGAAAGAUUCAUUGGAUCGCGUUAAGUACUUGAAGCAAUCACAUUUCCAACUUGACAUCUGUCACGACAAUUUUAGUUUUUCUGCUAAUUUUGUUCAAUCAGGAAUAUACGUAUAUACAAUUGCA